ACUCUCUGGCCCAGAGAGCAGGGGCUCGAAAGCCAUCCCUGUAAGAACACAGGAAUCCCCGGAACUUGGAAAUAAACGCGGGUUGGUGUUUAUUUGUGUUAGUUUAAACGUCGUAGCCCCGCGUGUCAGAACACCAAAACGGCGACACCGAAGUUCGUCUAAGCAAGCAAAUAAUAUCAGCCACCACGGCUUUAAUCUACUAAGUAACUUUAAAUCCGAAAGAUCAAAGGAACGUCUAAGUGAAAACAGUCCCGCGUGCAAUUCCUCCGCGGAGGCAGGAAAGGGCUAGAAAUUACAUGUCACCUUCACAUCCUGGCGUGCUGACCUCGUGCUCCGGCCGAGCCCCUCUGCACGCCAGCUGUUACCAUUAUUAAGACCUUGCCCCUAGGGGUUAAGUAGGAGAAAAACUCCUGCCCUAUCGGAGAGCAAACACUGCAAGUCCCAGCCCCUCGCAUGCCUGGCUCCAAGGGCUCAAAGCGAGCUGCGCGUUCCUGUCGUUCAGCCGGUCGCCGCCGCCGCCGCCGCCUGCUGGUCGCGCUCGCUCCCUGGCGCUGGGCUCCCGCAGCCGGCUCGGGCUUUUGGGACCCCAUCGUUUGCUGGCCCAGCCGAGCCCGGGAACUCGCUGCUUGGAACACCGAGGGUCACGGGACUGGGGCAUGGCUCUGAGCAACGGCAACAGUGAUUUUGGGGUUCUGAGCCCUGGUGGCAUCUCGGCCGGGGCGGCCCAUCCCAGUCCCCUCCCCGCCUGCGACGGAGACCCCGCAGCCCAGCAGCUCACCCCCAAAGACGCACCGAGAGCAAAAGUGAGCCCCAAUGGAUGCCUGCAAGCGAACGGCACGGUCAAGUCCUCCUUCCUGCCCGUAGACAACCCCAGGGCGACUCCGCUGCUGCCCCAGUGCUGCCCACCCUGCCCGUACCACCACGCGUCCACCAGCCACAACGGCCACCACGAGGGCCCUCCCGAGGCUGGCUCCACGCCGCCUGCGGCGCUGGCCGCCUGUUGCAUGCAGGCCCCCUCCGAGUACUCCGUGGCUCUCUGUCCCCACCACGCCCCCGUGUACCAGACCACGUGCUGUCUUCAGCCCUCUCCGUCCUUCUGCCUGCAUCACCCGUGGCCCGACCACUUUCAGCAUCAGCCUGUGCAGCGGCACGUAGGCAGCAUAAGACCAUCCAGACCUUUCAAGUUACCAAAAAGCUACGCGGCCCUGAUCGCCGACUGGCCCGUGGUGGUCCUGGGCAUGUGCACUGUGCUCAUCGUGGUCUGUGCCUUGGUUGGGGUGCUAGUGCCGGAGCUCCCCGACUUCUCCGAUCCACUGCUGGGUUUUGAACCAAGAGGGACGACGAUAGGCCAGAGACUGGUCACGUGGAAUAACAUGGUGAAAAAUACAGGAUACAAAGCAACACUAGCCAAUUACCCCUUUAAAUAUGCAGAUGAGCAAGCCAAAAGCCAUCGGGACGAUAGGUGGUCCGACGACCACUAUGAAAGAGAGAAGAGAGAAGCGGACUGGAACUUCCACAAAGACAGCUUUUUCUGCGACGUUCCAAGUGACCGAUAUUCCAGAGUAGUCUUUACUUCAGCUGGAGGAGAGACACUGUGGAAUUUACCAGCAAUUAAAUCGAUGUGCAAUGUAGAUAAUUCAAGGAUCAGGUCCCACCCCCAGUUCAGCGACCUCUGCCAGAGGACCUCGGCCGCCUCCUGCUGCCCCAGCUGGACGCUCGGCAACUACAUCGCCAUCCUGAACAACCGGUCGUCCUGCCAGAAGAUCGUGGAGCGGGAUGUGUCCCACACCCUGAAGCUGCUCCGCACCUGUGCCAAACACUACCAGAACGGCACCCUGGAGCCUGACUGCUGGGACGCGGCGGCCAGGAGGAAGGAUCAGCUCAAGUGCACCCACGUGCCGCGGAAGUGUACCAAGUACAACGCCGUGUACCAGAUCCUCCACUACUUGGUGGACAAAGACUUUAUGACCCCGAAGACGGGUGACUACGCCGCGCCGUCUCUGAAGUACAGCAUGCUCUUCUCUCCCACGGAGAAGGGAGAGAGUAUGAUGAACAUCUACCUGGACAACUUCGAGAACUGGAACUCGUCCGACGGCAUCACCACCGUCACCGGGAUCGAGUUCGGCAUCAAACACAGCCUGUUCCAGGAUUACCUUCUGAUGGAUACCGUGUAUCCCGCCAUCGCCAUUCUGAUCGUCCUGUUCGUCAUGUGCGUCUACACCAAGUCCAUGUUCAUCACGCUGAUGACGAUGUUCGCGAUCAUCAGUUCCCUGAUCGUGUCCUACUUCCUCUACCGCGUCGUCUUUAACUUUGAGUUUUUCCCCUUCAUGAACCUCACCGCGCUCAUUAUUUUGGUUGGCAUCGGGGCGGACGACGCGUUUGUGCUGUGCGACGUUUGGAACUACACCAAGUUCGACAAGCCUCACGCCCUGACCUCAGAAACGGUGAGCGUCACCUUGCACCACGCGGCCCUGUCCAUGUUCGUCACCAGCUUCACCACCGCGGCUGCCUUCUACGCGAACUACGUCAGCAACAUCACAGCCAUCAGGUGCUUCGGGGUGUACGCGGGGACCGCUAUCCUGGUGAACUACGUGCUGAUGGUCACGUGGCUCCCCGCCGUGGUCGUGCUGCACGAGCGGUACCUUCUCAACAUAUUCACGUGCUUCAGGAAGCCCCAGCAGCAAAUCUGCGACAACAAGAGCUGCUGGACCGCGGCCUGCCAGAAGUGCCACAAGGUCCUCUUCGCCGUUUCGGAAGCAUCUCGGAUUUUCUUCGAAAAAGUGCUGCCCUGCAUCGUCAUCAAGUUUCGCUACCUUUGGCUGUUCUGGUUCCUCGCCCUGACGGUGGGCGGGGCCUACAUCGUGUGCAUCAACCCAAAGAUGAAACUGCCCUCCUUGGAGCUGUCCGAGUUCCAGGUGUUCAGGCCCUCGCACCCUUUCGAGCGCUACGAUGCCGAGUACAAGAAGCUCUUCAUGUUCGAACGCGUUCACCACGGAGAGGAGCUCCACAUGCCCAUCACGGUGAUCUGGGGCGUGUCCCCGGAGGACAACGGCAACCCCCUGAAUCCCAAGAGUAAAGGGAAGCUGACCUUAGAUAGCAGUUUCAACAUCGCCAGCCCUGCCUCCCAGGUCUGGAUUUUGCACUUCUGUCAGAAGCUGAGAAACCAGACGUUCUUUCACCAGACAGACGAACAGGACUUCACCAGCUGCUUCAUUGAGACCUUCAAGCGCUGGAUGGAAAACCAGGAUUGUGACGAGCCGGCCCUGUACCCGUGCUGCAGCCGCUGGAGCUUCCCCUACAAGCAGGAGAUCUUCGAGCUGUGCAUCAAGAGGGCCAUCAUGGAGCUGGAGAGGAGCACGGGGUACCACCUGGACAGCAAGACCCCGGGGCCGAGGUUCGACAUCAACGACACCAUCAGGGCGGUCGUCUUGGAGUUCCAGAGCACCUACCUCUUCACCCUGGCUUACGAGAAGAUGCACCAGUUCUACAAGGAGGUGGACUCGUGGAUCUCCAGUGAGCUGAGCUCUGCCCCCGAGGGCCUCAGCCACGGCUGGUUCGUCAGCAACCUGGAGUUCUACGACCUGCAGGAUAGCCUCUCGGACGGCACCCUCAUUGCCAUGGGGCUCUCUGUGGCCGUGGCCUUCAUCGUCAUGCUGCUGACCACGUGGAACAUCGUCAUAAGCCUGUACGCCAUCCUUUCCAUAGCCGGCACGAUAUUUGUCACGGUCGGCUCUCUGGUCCUGCUGGGCUGGGAGCUCAACGUCUUGGAGUCCGUCACCAUUUCCGUCGCGGUCGGCCUGUCCGUAGAUUUCGCCGUCCACUACGGGGUGGCCUACCGCUUGGCCCCAGACGCCGACCGGGAAGGGAAGGUGGUCUUCUCCCUGAGCCGCAUGGGCUCCGCCAUCGCCAUGGCCGCCCUGACCACCUUCGUGGCCGGCGCCAUGAUGAUGCCGUCCACCGUCCUGGCCUACACCCAGCUGGGCACCUUCAUGAUGCUGAUCAUGUGCAUCAGCUGGGCCUUCGCCACCUUCUUCUUCCAGUGCAUGUGCCGGUGCCUUGGGCCUCAGGGGACCUGUGGCCAGAUUCCUUUACCUAAGAAACUCCAGUGCAGUGCCUUCUCCCACACCUUGUCCACAAGUCCUGGUGACAAGGGACAAAGCAAAACACAUACCCUGAACACUUACCACUUAGAUCCCAGGGGCCAGAAAUCUGACGUGGAGCAUGAGUUCUAUGAAUUAGAGCCCCUGGCGGCCCACAGCUGCCCUGCCUCCGAGAAGACCGCUCACGAAGAGGCCCACACCUGCGCUGAGUUCCUCCCCAGCCAGGCGAGGCUCGCAGGGGCGCCCGUGCACCCAGCUUACAACCACGAACCCAACAAAAGCACCAGAGGCGACCCGAGCUCCGCCCCGGCGCGUGCCUCUCUGGAACAGCACACCGUGCGGCACCUCUACUCCGUGAACCAGAGGUGUAGCUGCCCGCAUGCCUAUAAACACUUGAAAUACGGCCCGCACGCUUGCCAACAGAUGGGCGACUGUGCGUGCCACCCAUGCAGCUUCGUGCACGUCCGGAACGGCGUGGCCCCUCUGAAGGCGGCACAGCCGGCCCCCGAGGGCUUCGUGCUCCCCCUCCCGCACGUCCACCACUGCCCCUGCCUCCACGGCCGAGGGAAAGCGGCCGGGACGCAGAGCGCCCCACCGCAGAGCCUCUUCCUGCACCCGGGGCAGCACGCGCCGGCCCCGGACCAGACGGGCCAGAGCGGUCUGCAGAGCAGCGAAGAGCACCUCCCGAAGGCGGCAGCGCCGCCCUCCCCUGUCUGCAGAAGCACGGCCUCCCUACGGGGGGCGGGCUGUGACUCCGAGGAUGACCAGAGGGGGCGCGGUGCACACAGGGACGGCGGGAGCGUGGCGCUCCGCGGAGGGGAUGCAGACAGGGACUCCCCUGCGGGGCCUCGGACCGACAGGGCAGGCGGGGGGCCCGAGCCACGCUCGUCACAGACCGACGUCCGCGUGAACUCAGGACGUUUACAUCCGAAGGAGCCAAAGUUUCUGUGGAGCCGUUUCGUGGGCGAGGGCGGUUGUGGGUCCUGCCCGAACAACCCGCGCGGCGGGGGCAGAGUCGUGCGAGGGAGGUGCGGGUCUGCGGACCGCCGGGGGCCGAACUUGGACGCCGGCGUGCCUGUUGCAUCGACACACUCGGAACUUCCUGGUGAAAGUCUGUUGAUAAAAACACUUUAAUAAAUAGAGUAUUCAAUUCAGAA